AUGAGUUCGCUAGCGCCGCCGCCUGUCGACCCUAUGAUGUGGGGCAGCAGCAACCCGCUUCGCUCCCGAAACCCGUUUUUGACAUCUGUAACAGGGGCCGACCACUCCCGAAACCCGUUUUAUGAUGACAUCUUCAGCACGUUUGACGACGCUUCCGACAGCUUGAUGGCGCUGCCGAAACUGGUUGUGUCAGUGCCGUCGGCGUCGUCGCUGCCAGACCUGCUGCGCCCCCUGCUGCCAGCGCUGGUGGUGCUGGACGUUAGCAGUGGUACCACGGCGAUUACUACGCCGACUCGAGGCCUGAGCCCUCCGUUGUUAUCAUCGUGCGCGCCGCCGGUACCCCUGUCAGAAGUGUUGGAACUGUCGGAAAUGCUUCCAACACUCCUGGCGACGACGGCGCUGUCAUUAGAGUUAUUAUUACUCCUUGAACCCAAUCCAGUGAAACCGCCAUCAUAUUCACUGUUACCUCCCGGGGGCUUACCGCGGUUCAACGUGUUGGAUAAUUUGGAACCUGAAACGUUACCCCUGUAUCAGCCGCUGGUAUAUAAACUCGCGGUGGUUUCACGCAAACCCGAGUGGCUCUCACCCUACACCCCCGCCACGCUGAGACUGUGGAAAUACGUUGUAGCCGAGCUUAACCUGACCCAGCUUAAUAUCUACGCCAUCCCCGCCCACAUGGAAAGCGCAGUACUCCUGUUUCAGGCGCAAGACCCCUGCACCACCGGCGCUGGUAGCGCCGGCGCUUUUAGCGACUUGGCGCACUUAAACAGCGCCAUGACCACGCCGCAGGACUUGGCGAUGCACCGCCACUGCCGCCGCCUCGGCGUGUUUGGCGACCGCCGGCGCCCGGCGCUUUUGCUCCGCCUGUACUCGCUCCACCACGCCAAGUUGGGCCUCGCCACCGACUACAAAAAGCGCAACAACGUGCUUCGGGUGCGCAUGGAGCACGAGCAGUUUUUGCUUGGGUUUGACUCCGUCCAGCACUUGAUCGACUGGAACGCCGCCCUCAGCGCCGGGCGCGACGUGGCGCCGGAGAUCAACGACCGCGACAUGCCCAAGUACCGCACGGUGCCGCGGCGGCGGCGGCGCCACCGGCGCUCGGCGCUGCUGGCGACGGCGCUCACCGACUUGUUUAAUGGCCACAUGUCGCUGACUCGCCCCCGACUGGCGCUGGACCCGGCGCUGAUCUUCCGCAAGAUCAAGCGCAAAUUCUCCCAUACCAAUUUGCAGCAACAGGGGCAGAUGCCGCCGGCGCCGGUGGCGGCGCCCACUACCCACCGGGCGCUGCCGCCGCUGUCGCCGCGCCCGCACGCGCUGCUGCUGCUGGCGCUGCUGCUGGCGGCGCCGCUGCCGCUGCCCACUCCUCGUCUGCGGUCGCUGACCCGGGGCGCCAGCGACGACGACGACGACCAAGAGGAUGUGGAAAUGGCCGACUUGCGCGACUUAGAGGACGAGGAGGAGGACGACUUGGACGACGAGUUGUUGGGCGCCACCGACGCGCUGGCGCUGCCGCUGGCGCUGCUGCUGGCGCUGAGAUCGCGGCUGAGGGCGCCUCUGGCGCUGCGCUACGUCGCUGCUGGCGACAAGUGGCGCCCCGACGACGGGGAGCCGCUGCGCUACCGCUACUACAAGCAGUGCUUGCGCUGCAUCAAGCCGUUGACGCUGGACGAGACCUGGGUGGGGCGGCUGACGGUGCGCCCCGUGGCGCAGCUGACGUUCACCGAGCGCCCCGGUCCCACCAGGGAAGUUGACGACCAUUUGGGCCGCUUGCGCUCCCACUUCUUGCAGGAGUGCAUCGUGUGCCCCCAGGGGCUCGUGCCCCGAGUGUGA